GUCACGUGAUAUAGCGCGCGAAUGAAAAAUAUCAACAAUGGCGAGUCAAGGAAGAGUAACAGAUUUUUUUUCUACAAGAAAACGAAAUCCAGGGCUUCAGCCAUCAAAAAGAAGGAAGGUUGAGAUUCAGGCAACCGAAGUUGAUAUAUCGUCACUUGAUAAAACUAACAUUGACCCUUACAAGAAUCUUGUCCAAGAAACAGUCGAUCAAGUAAGUUCACCUGUUGAUGACAAAAAAGAAAAUGUAUUUUCUCCAUUGCAAACAAGAGCAGCUAGGAAAAGCAAAGCGAAAUCAGUUACCCAAGCUAGUAAGAAAACAACAAGAGUGCGAAAUACAAAAGUUGAUCCAAAACAAAAGCUAAUUUCUGACACUUUUAGUAGUCCUGCACCAGCAGAAAGUGUCGGGCAAACCAAAAGCCAAGUUGUUGCAGAAGUAACCUCAUCUGAAGAUAACCACGAUACCCCACCUGUGGCAGAGACACCCAAAAAAAUGGUUACAGAGAAAGGGGCAAAAUCAAGGAAGAGAACUAGGCAAGCAAAAGCUGAACAGGUGGAAGAAACAAAGCCUGACGAAGCAACUCCAGAGAAAUGUGCAACACCAGUUGAAAAACCUGCAUUAAAAGGAAGAGCAAAGAAAAAACUAGAGCUAAUUGAUUUGAAGAAUGACGGAAAAGAAUCAGACCAAGCUCCAAUGGAAGUCCCCCCAUCAGUGUCUAAACCAAAAGGUCCUGAUGUUAUUGCUGCGGCAUUGGAAAAGGCAAAAUCUCUCAAGUCUAAAAAGCCUGCCCAAAUGACUGCUCAAGAUGUUAAAGCCAAGCUUGCCAAGGUCACAAACUUAGAUGACCUGAAAAACAGACUUUCCAAAAUGAAGGAGACAAGGGAAAAAAUUAAGACACCUUCUUUAAAAUUGAAGAAAUUUGACAAAAUUGAGGUUGAAGUUGAAAGUGAGGUGAAACCAAAGGUCCCAGCAUAUGAGAGGUUCCACCAUUUGGCAACCACAGCGGCUCCAACACUGAGCCUGCCCUACAAGUACCGGUUGUUGGCUGAGCAUUUCCGUGGCAUGGACCAGGUCGUCAGUAUGCUGCACAACCGAAAUGAAGUCUGCACCUUCUCCAAACUAAAAGUGGCUGUACAAGAACUAAACAAAAAAAACUUUGAGGAGAGACACGUGGGUCAGAUCAAGACAGUGUUCCCGGAGGCAUAUGAGCUGAGGCAGGAAAAGGGCCUACAAAACAUGCAGGGCUUCAAGAGCUCCGGCUACCAGCUCACCAUCGAAGCCAGGCUCCAUGAGGAAGACAGUAAAGCACAGCCCACAUUCAAGGCUUCUCAUCUUCUGACUAGAAGGAACCACUUCCACAACAGCCUUAUAAAUAUUGUCAAGAAGCACCACAAGGAGUUUUUGUCCAAUCUAGACCGUCCCCUGUCUGUUCCUGAUGACAAGGUGACUCGCUGGCACCCACGAUUCCCCCUGGAUGAGGUGGAUGACAUCAUUGAAUCCCCCCUGCCCCGCUCACCUGAUAUUCAAACCUACCAGACAGCUAAAGAUGUCUUAGAGAGUACCAGGGGAAAACUGAUGCCAAAGGUUGAAGCAGCCUUGAAAUUGACAGCAGAUGAAGUAUCCAAGGCAACAUCAGCCCCAGCAGUGUCCCCAGCCCCAGUCUCCACCCCGUCAAAGCCCUCUGCCAGCAUGACUGGUGUCCCACAGAGCCUUUUAGAAAAGAUCCGGGCUAAAGAGGCGGCAAACGCUGUGGCCUCCCUCACAAGAGACCCCAAGGCAGAGAAGAAGCUUGGGAUGAUGAAACGACUGCCAGACAUUAUGAGGAUCAUCAGGUCUCACUUUGUCACAGAGAAGAAGCCUGCUCUGCCAAUUGAUUCAGUUAUACAGAGAGUCCUGGACAGCUACAAGAACGCCAUCGCGCCUGGUGAUGUUGAGCCCCAUAUCAACCUUUGUAAGGAGGUGGCCCCAGAAUGGCUGACCAGUAUCCAGAUACAGAAGGGCCGUUACCUCAAGAUUGACCGCAACAUUGACCUUCAGACGCUUACUGACCGGGUCAACAACCUCAUCAAGGGCAAACAAUGAUUUGGACUGAAUAUGUUUACCUCCAGUACCUGUGUGUUCUUAAUUGUGUCUGUUCAUGGAAGAUCUCAAUAACUGUCAAGAAUUAUUUCUGUGUUAUUUAUAAAGUUAUUUAUAACUAUAUCUAGUAAUGAAAAAAUAGCUCACCUGAUGACAAUUAACACAUUUGUAGCCAGGGCAGGAACUCUUGAUUCACAUUUUGUGGAGUUGUUCCCCUUAGCCAACUGCAAUUAAACUUCUGCUCACAGAGCUCAGGUUUUGCAUGAAGGGUUUUACGUUGGGGAAUUUUUAAUGUUGGAUAUUAGUUCAUCAUGCUUGUGAUAUUGAUAUUUUUACGAUAGUCAAUUUGUACUUUGAUAAGAUGGUAUUUUUAUUUAUGUGUAAGCAUUUAAUACUUCUAGAGAUGUCUAAAGACAUGAUCAGGUUAUACCAGUACAUGUAGUUGAACAUCAGAUAAAGUAAUUGCUAGGUAGUGUAUUUACAACAUGUUGUUAUUGAAAAAAAAAAUUUAUGUCAUUCAAUUUAGGUGUACCAUUAAACAUUGCAGUGCCAGUUCGGAUAUCUUUAAUUGGAACAUUAUCUUUUGUAAGACUUCUAUGAUUGAAAAUAUUAUACUGAGUAACAAAUGUUUUAUCAAUGUUUCCUGCAUUAGUAAUUUACUUGUUUAUAUGCAUUAUGGAAACUAUGUAAGCCCUUAAAAAACAAUUGUUUGUUUACAGUAACAUCCCAAAAAUUACUAGAUAUGGUAGGUUUAGAGCUUUAUUCUCUCAAAAAUUAAUGGCAGUUUACGUUAAAAAAAGUGUUUAUGGAAAGAACACCAUUUUUGUUACAUUAUUUAUAUUGAAAAAAAUAUACUGUUUGGGCGACUUACCCGAAACAAAUGUAUGGUUUUUUUAGGCCUAAAAUGCAUAUCAUGGUUUGAAUCGUGUAUAUUAAUUGUUGGGUUAAUGCCAGAAGAUACCAAGUGACAUAGAAAUAAAGAAGAUUGUGGAACAUUCUAGCAUUAACCCCAAGGAUUUCAUAGUUUUAUGAAUAAUUGUUUCUUUUUUAGCAUCUUCAUGGUUUUACCCUGUGUUUUAUCUCAGCAUGUUUUUAACAAGUGUUACCUUACACUUCAGAUAAGAAGAAAGGUCCAUAUUUUAAUAAAUUAUUAUAGAAACAUCUAAAUGUCUGUACUUAAAUGCUUGUUUAAAAUUAUCUUGAGGGGAGGAGCCUUUUGCAGGCAUUCAAUCAGAUAUUAUGACCUAUUUUAACAAUAUUAACAUUGAACUUCUAAUUCCACUGCGUGAUUUCGGCAAUAUUUUUAUUAAUAAGUGUAAAUACCUGUUCCAAAAACACCUGGAAAAUCUUUCAAAUGUAGUUUGAUAACUAGCACCCUGUCUCCUGCCCUAGAUGAAUGUUUUACUAUAUUUAAGCAGUUUUAGAAUUCACUGUUUUUCAAGGGAGAUUUGUUAAUAAGCCUCUGUGUUGUCAAGGUUGUUGUUUUUCAAAAACUUAAACAUUGGCCAUAACUGAAAAUUUGUUCAAGAUAUUCAAAGCAAACUUGGUUGUAUUUGUUGAUAGGCACAUGAAUAGCAAGGCUCAAAAAUCUGUUUAAUUAUUAUUAGUUAUGCCACUUCUUCAAAAAUAUAUACAACAGAAAAUACUUCUUGGAUCUCUUGGAAGGCUUGCACCGGACGAUCAGAACAUUAUUUCUUGAUAAAAAUAUUACUUUGUAGUUUUUACUAUUUUCUGUGAUGUGCAGCUGUAAAUCAUAUUUGUUCCUUGAUUUUAAUGCCUGGGGUCAUUUUUAUCACAUGAAGUCCCUUUGGCAUGUGGGUAUUUCAAAGUAGAGAAUUUGUUUUUCAAAAAUCAGUGCUAAAACUGUCAUUCCAACCAAUUAAUCUGCUGCUAAUGAUUUGUACAUGUACUUUUUGGAGAAUUGGGGUUUCAAUGUAAAAACAAGAAUUUGUAAUUUAUAUGAAUUUAUAAGAGUCAAUAAACGUUGUGCCAAAGUU